AUGGGCGAAACAAACGGCACUGGCUCCAACACGCCGCUUGGCGAUUUGGGCUAUAUCUCUGCGGGUCAGAUUCGCCCCGGUGGCGCGCCUGCUCGCGUCUAUCUGAAUGAGAAGGUCGUGCCGUAUCUGCUUGAUGGGAUGAAGUCUGUUGCACGCGAACAGCCUGCCAAUCCUCUCCGUGUGCUCGGCGAGUUCUUGCUUCAGAAGAGCAAUGAAGUGGAGGGCGAGACUAAGAAGGAGUCGGAGUAG